AUGGACUAGGGCACCUUUAAAGCACCAAAAGUAAAAUUAACUGAUUACGAAAUUCUCUAAACUUUGGGAACAGGGUCCUUUGGAAGAGUGAGAUUAGCAAAGCAUAAAUAGAAUGGUGAAUAUGUAGCUCUAAAAAUGCUUAAAAAAGCUGAAAUUUUAAGACUUAAGUAGGUAGAUCACAUAAUAUCGGAAAAUACUAUACUUUCAAAUAUCACCCAUCCAUUUUUAAUAAAAAUGCUCGGAUUUACUCAAGAUGAGAGAUAUCUCUAUUUUCUUUUAGAAUAUGUUUAAGGAGGAGAGCUAUUUACCUAUCUCAGAAAUAAGGGCAAACUUGAAAACGAAGAAGCUUAAUUUUACGCAUCAUAAGUUGUAUUGAUGUUUGAAUAUCUCCAUACAAAAAAUAUUGUUUAUAGAGAUCUUAAACCUGAAAAUCUUCUCAUCGGUGCAGAUGGUUAUCUCAAAUUAACUGAUUUUGGAUUUGCUAAAUUUAUUGAUUCUAGAACUUAUACUUUGUGUGGAACACCAGAAUACUUGGCUCCUGAAAUCCUACUCAAUAAAGGACAUGGGAAACCAGUGGAUUGGUGGUGUCUGGGCAUUUUAAUAUAUGAAAUGCUCGCUGGAAUAGAUCCAUUUAAUGAUGAAGAUCCUAUGGCAAUAUACUAAAAAAUAUUGAAAGGAAAGGUCAAGUUUCCCAGAAAUUUUGAUAAGGAAGCAAAAAGUCUUGUCAAACAUUUAUUGGUGGCAGAUUUGACAAAACGAUAUGGAAAUCUGAAAGGAGGAGCAAAUGAUAUCAAGGCUCAUAGAUGGUUUUAAAGCUUAGAUUGGGAAUUUUUAAUUUAAAAAAAAUUGCAGCCAAAAUAUAAACCAGUUGUAAAAAAUAAGGGUGACACUUCAAAUUAUUCAACUUAUCCUGAUAGUACAGAAUUACCUAAGCCAGUAAAACCAACUGAUGAUCCAUUUAUUAAUUGGUGAAAAUCCAUUAUUAUAUUAAAAAUAUAUACUCUUUUUAAUUCUUUGUAAA